AUGGAUGAAAGCGAUUUGAAAAUGGAAGAAGUUGAUAAAGACGUGAAAAUGGAAACCGAGACCGCGGAAGGGGAAGGAUCCUCAUCGGAAACUCCGAAAGCGCUGAAAAGAAGACCGAAGUUGCAUUCCAAAAGUCGCGGAUCAUCCAAGGCCUCAAAAGAUCCAGAAGGACGAUCGAAGGUGAUCAAGAUUAGUCAUCUACCGUUCGGAUUCUUUGAGGAGGAACUCUUCAAGUACUUCAAACAGUUUGGCUAUGUCCGACGUGUGCGUGUGGCACGAAGUCUUAAGGUCUGUUUGAAACCAGUUAUGUGA